GCGUCCUAGAUCGCGGCGAGGAUGGAGCCGGAUGUGACGUCGCCGGGAGGCUGGAGGGAGAGGCGGAGCGUGGCGCAGUGACGUCCUGCCAAGAUGGCGGAGAGAGAGUGAAAGAACUGGUUCCUCUGGGCGGCUACCGGUCAAGAGUAAACUUGCAUUCUGAUAUCAAAAUGCAGUACUCACAUCACUGUGAGCAUCUUCUAGAGAGACUGAACAAGCAGCGGGAAGCUGGUUUUCUUUGUGACUGCACUGUGGUGAUUGGAGAAUUCCAGUUUAAAGCACAUAGGAAUGUGCUUGCCUCCUUUAGUGAGUAUUUUGGUGCGAUCUACAGAAGCACUUCUGAGAACAAUGUUUUUCUUGAUCAAAGUCAGGUGAAAGCUGAUGGAUUUCAGAAACUGUUGGAGUUUAUAUACACAGGAACUUUAAAUCUUGACAGUUGGAACGUUAAAGAAAUUCAUCAGGCUGCUGAUUAUCUCAAAGUGGAAGAGGUGGUAACUAAGUGUAAAAUAAAGAUGGAAGAUUUUGCUUUUAUUGCUAAUCCCUCUUCUACAGAGAUAUCCAGUAUUACUGGAAACAUUGAAUUGAAUCAACAGUCUUGUCUUCUUACUCUUCAAGAUUAUAAUAAUCGGGAGAAAUCAGAAGUAUCUGCAGAUUUAGGUCAGACAAAUGCUAAACAAGGGGCUUUAGCAAAGAAGUCAUCUCAAACUAAAAAGAAGAAAAAAGCUUUUAAUUCCCAGAAAACAGGACAGAAUAAAACACUGCAAUAUUCUGGUGACAUUUUAGAGAACACAUCUGUUGAAUUCCUAGAUGCAAGUAAAUUGUCCUCAUCUGUAGUCGAACAAGUUGCCCAAAGAAAUGAUCGUUCAGAACUUGAAUUGACAUCAGUUGUGGAAAAUACUUCGCCGGCACAAGAUACUGUUCAGACUGCUACAGUGAAACGGAAACGUGGAAAAUCACAGCCAAAUUGUGCUCUGAAAGAACAUUCUAUGUCUAAUAUAGCCAGCAUCAAGAGUCCUUAUGAGGUAGAGAACUCUGGAGAAGAUCUGGAUCAGAGGUACUCCAAGGCCAAGCCAAUGUGUAACACAUGUGGGAAAAUAUUUUCAGAAGCCAGCAGCUUGAGAAGGCACAUGAGAAUACACAAAGGAGUGAAGCCUUACGUCUGCCACUUGUGUGGAAAAGCAUUUACACAGUGUAACCAGCUGAAAACACAUGUAAGAACCCACACAGGUGAGCGGCCAUACAAAUGUGAGUUAUGUGAUAAAGGAUUCGCUCAGAAAUGCCAGCUUGUCUUCCACAGUCGUAUGCACCAUGGGGAAGAAAAACCCUAUCAAUGUGAUGUUUGCAAUUUGCAAUUUGCAACUUCUAGUAAUCUCAAGAUUCAUGCAAGGAAGCACAGUGGAGAGAAGCCAUAUGUUUGUGACAGAUGUGGACAGAGAUUUGCCCAAGCCAGCACACUGACCUAUCAUGUCCGCAGACAUACUGGAGAAAAACCUUAUGUAUGUGACACCUGUGGGAAGGCAUUUGCUGUCUCUAGUUCUCUUAUCACUCAUUCUCGAAAACAUACAGGUGAAAAACCAUACAUAUGUGGUAUUUGUGGGAAAAGUUUUAUUUCCUCAGGAGAGCUCAACAAACACUUUCGAUCCCAUACAGGAGAAAGACCAUUUAUCUGCGAGUUGUGUGGAAAUUCUUACACAGAUAUUAAAAAUUUAAAGAAGCAUAAAACAAAGGUCCAUUCUGGUGCAGAUAAAAAUCUAGAUUCCAGUGCUGAGGAUCACACUUUGAGUGAACAAGAUUCCAUACAAAAAAGUCCUGUGUCAGAAACUAUAGAUGUGAAGCCUUUUGAUAUGACUUUACCAUUAGCUCUUCCACUUGGGACAGAGGACCAGCACAUGCUUCUUCCUGUCACAGAUAACCAGUCUCCUACAUCAGAUACAUUGCUGAGGUCUGCCAUGAAUGGGUAUUCAGAGCCACAGUUGAUUUUUCUACAACAGUUAUACUGACUUUGUGAGGAACGGGGAAUUGCUAACACAUGGUCUGGUGGUAUACAUAAACAUCUCUGGAUAUAUAUAUGUAUAUAUAUAUGUAUAUGUAUGUAUAUAUACAUAUAUUAAAUUCCAUUCAUUUGCAUUAUGAUCUUUUUUUUUUUUUCAUUCACCGAAGUAAAAACAGCUGAGGCUGCAUUCUAACUGCAGUGCUGGUUUUGAUUUUUGGCUUUUAUGGCUAAACAGUACAGUUUUUUAAGGAAUGAAUUAUACCAUGGUAGCACUAUUUUGGGUGAAUAACUUCUCUUUUAAAGCUGCCUUAACUGGGUUUUUACUUUGCAUUUUAGAAUUGCCCUUCAAUUACUGAAGUAGAAUCUCUUAUAUAGUUCUGUGGGAUUUUUAUUUUUUUGUCUCCAUCUGUGUUGCUGUUUGUAAGUCUCAUAGGCCAAUGCAUAAACUCUGGGGACAAAAUUUGACAUUUCUGUGAAAAUUUAGGUACUGAAAACAAUAGUGCUAUUUGUCUUAUCAGUAUAUUCCUUUAGAAGUAACUUUUCUAAAUGAAACCAAAAGAAAUGCUUCCCUUAAAACUAGAAAACUGUAUAUAAAUUUUUGCUCAUUUAGAACUCAGUAUUCUGGAGAAAAACAGUGGUCAGUCGGGUCAGUAUUUUUUAUUUUAGUUAUUUGAGACUAUAUUUUUAAAAUAGAUACUUGGUGUUUUUAUCCAGUCAAAAGACAGUUUCAAAAUUUGAUUCAGUUUAUAUUUUAUUAGGUUUGUAGAUUAUUGGAAAUGAGGAAUAUAUACCGAGUUUUGAAAAUUUUUUGAUAAGCCUAUCAUAUCUAUUAUGCACUUUUAAAAAAUUCUAAGAGGAGUUUUUCUAAAUAGAAAAUGCAUACUAGAAAUCACUUGUCUCCUAAAUUUAAUACGUUAUGUUGCAUAGUCAGAAAACUUGUCCAGUAUGCCUGGAGACUUGGG